AUUCACCCCUUUGCUAUGCUGGAUAACAAAAUAAAAGAUGAAAUAGAAAGUAUUAUUAGGAAUAUUUAAUAAACACCUAUAAGAAUAGCAAACUUCUGGAUAGAACACGCGUACUGCUGUGUUGGGAUGAACGUUCACUCUUGUACCAUCAUUGUCAUUAGUAUGAAUUUGGAACGAAGUAAGCAUUUACAUUAUCUGAAUGCAUUAGGUCAGGGUCAAGAUGAAUUAGACUUUUGGUUGAAACAACAUUUACAUGUUAGUGCUAUUUACUGGAGCUGCAUGAGUUAUUGGACAUUAAACAGAAAAGAAGAAUUACAAAAAGAGCAAAUUAUUUCUUUCCUGUUGUCAUGUCUCACAGAGUCAGGAGGGUUCGCCUGCUAUCCUGGACAUGAUGAUCAUAUUACAAACACGGUUUAUGCAGUUCAGGUUUUAUUGAUGCUAGAUUCCUUGGACAGGAUCGAUCGAGAUAAAGUAGCUACUUAUGUUGUCAGCCUACAAAAUGAAGACGGGUCGAUGAAAGGUGACCGAUGGGGUGAAACAGAUGCUCGUUUUCUGUAUUCCGGAAUAAAUUGUUUGGCACUUCUUGGGCGAUUGGAUAUGUUAAACAAGUCAGCUGCAAUAGACUGGAUCCUUAAAUGUCGCAACUUUGAUGGCGGAUUUGGAUUAUGUCCUGGAGCUGAAACUCAUGCUGCUUAUGUUUUUACUUGUGUGGCAUCUCUUGCUAUAUUAAAACAGCUACAUCGAAUUGAUCAAGACUUGCUUGGCUGGUGGCUCAGUGAGCGACAAACGAAGAACGGCGGACUGAACGGUCGUCCUGAAAAACUACCAGAUAGUUGUUAUGGAUGGUGGGUAUUAUCCCCAUUAGCAAUCAUUGGAAAAUUAGAUUGGAUAGACAGGAAUGGUUUGAUCAACUUUACACUGAGUUCACAAGACCAAGAAACUGGUGGGUUUUCUGAUCGUCGAGAAGAUAUCCCGGAUGUUUAUCAUACAUGCUUCUCACUAACCGCUCUGUCCUUGCUACGAUACCCAGACUUGGAACCUGUGGAUGCACGAUUUUGUCUGCCACUAGCAGUUACGAAGAAGUAUAACCUCUAAUGAUAUAUUAUUGAUUAUUGAAAAAAAAAAAUAGAAUAUAUAUACAUAUGAAGCCAUGCCCUCAUUAUUCAAAAAUUGGCUUUCUUUCUUGUUUUUUCAUGUCUUCAAUCUUUCGUAACCGCUUCUCUGUCUUUGCUUUUCCAGAUCCCUUUCCGUGAAAUUGAUGUGAUAAUAAAUAUUUAUACGCUUCCUUUGGUCCAAGUUCAACUCCGAAUUCAUCAACGUAACGAAUGUUUACUUCAGGUUUAUAGUCUUGGAAUUGUUCCAUUUCAACCUUGGCAAUAAGACGAUCCCAUUUUUCAUUCUCACGUUUAGCAUAUUGUUCACGCUCUUUUUGGGUCAUAUGAUUCAGCUUCCCGCUACUACGAUCUUGUUCUUUUUGGUGCCUCCUCUGUUCUUCUAACUCGCGUCGUGCAUUCUGUUUCUUUGUGAACCACUUGUUGUAUUCUUCCUCACGACGCAUCUUUUCUUGGGCUUCCGCAGAAACCUUAACAACGCCUUUAUUUUUGAGGAUGCUCAAUACAGUGCCAACACCACCAGAAACGAGCGGUUCAUCCUCGAGGACGUCAGCAGUCUUUUGAGGUGGUUGGGAUCCAUUAUCUUCAACAACGGCAGCUUCUUCCUCAGGAACAUUAUUACUAAGUUCAAUAUUCGUUGGAACGGUAAUAGUAUACUUAUUUUCAUGAGCCUCUUCGCCUUGCUUCUCAUCAGGACUGAUAAAAGGCUCUUCGUUCUCUACUUGUUGAAGAGAAUCAACAAACGAUCGAGUGUCAUUAAUAAUCAUCCCUUUAGAAUUAGAUUCAUCUUCGUUUAUCUCUUCUUCUGUAUUUUUUUGGGUUUGAACAUGCUCGGCAAUUUGUUCAGGUCGUAAGGUCCUUGCUUUUUUUUGAGCAGCUCUUCUCUGUAAAGCCAAAACCUCUUGUAAAUCAUCAUCCUCAACAAUUGACUGGCUGUUCAAAC